GAGGAUUGUUAAAUCGUACUAUUGUACAGUUAUAAAGGAAGGAUUUUGUUUAUUAGGACUUCGGUUAAAUUUCGGUUGACCGUUAAGCGUCAACACUCCGAAUUAUACAUCGCUCGUCAGGAACAGUCACUUUUCGACGUAAGCUACACGGCUCACAAUGCAUUCCCAAGGAACUAGCUUUGUAGCAUCUUGGAUUUUAUUAUUACUUGUAAUGUCUUGUUUGACAUGCUCUGGUCUCCCCACUGAUGAGCCUGUUUCUGUCUUGAUCAUUGGGGCUGGUGCUGCCGGACUACAAGCAGCGCAAACUCUGGUGGACAACGGUAUCGAGGAUUUCUUGAUCAUUGAAGCCGCUGAUUACAUUGGAGGUCGGGUGCGUGAUGUUGAGUUUGGUGGGAUACGUGUGGAACGAGGAGCUAAUUGGGCCCAACCAGUAGGAGGUGUAGUACAGAAGAAGGUCUGGGAACUUGGCAUGGAGACUCACCAAAGUAAUUGGUUCUCUAUUGUUGUUUACAACAGCACAGGGCACAAUGUUACAGACGAAGCUCUUCCAGUAUUUGACCAGGUAGUAGAUAGCUACAUUGAUGCAUUCAAUAUUGCUGACGAACUUUGGGAAUUGAAUGACCCAGAUAUGUCAUUGAGAGCAGGUUUGCGUUCAGUCGGUUGGCUUCCAAAAACUGACAUUGAAAACACCCUAGAAUGGUCUUAUUUGGAUUUUGAAAAUGGUGAAGACUCCGAGUUCGCAUCCCUGAAGAUCCAUUCUUACAUAAAGGACGAGUACAAUAAGCGGGUACCAGAUGACCAAAAGGCUACACUGGUCAUUGAUCAACGUGGAUACAAAUACUUAUUUAACUCAACCAUGCCUUUUUUAAGUGACGACGAGUUGAGCUCCAAGAUAUUGCUGAACAAGAAAGCGGUAACCGUUGACCAAUCAUCUGGGAAUAAUGUCGCGGUUACUUGUGACGACGGUCAGGUGUUCCGCGCGACACGUGUCCUGGUUACUGUCAGUUGUAGCGUUCUACAAAACAAGGGAAUUGAAUUUAUACCAGACCUUCCCGGCUGGAAGAAAAGAACCAUAAAUCGAUUCAAAAUGGCAGAUUAUAGUAAAAUUUAUAUUCAAUUUCCCCAAAACUUCUGGGGAGACCGCGAAAUUAUUAUGCAUACCAGCAGUCAAAGAGGGCGCUAUCCGUUAUUUACCAAUCUUGGAGCUGAAGGUAUGUAUCCGGUAGGAACUAACAUUCUAAUGGCGGAGCUAACAGGUGAUGAGGCCAGACGAGUUGAAGUGCUUACAGAUGAGGAGAUUCAGACCGAAGUGGUGACUGUUCUACGUCAGAUCUUUGGUGACAACAAUGUACCAGACCCCACAGAUAUACUCGUAUCUGGUUGGUCGAGGAACCCGCUAACCCUUGGUGCUUAUUCUAUUUGGACACCUGACAUGGAGGAAGAGUGCUUCGAAAAGAUGAUGUCCCGCGUUGGUAACAUCUUUUUCGGUGGGGAAUACACAAGUGAAGAUAACGGAUAUGUCCAAGGUGCUCUGGAUAGUGGGCAACGAGAGGGAAAUAAGAUCGCACAAUGCCAGAAUGGAGGCUCCUGUCCGCAGUGGGAUUCUGGUCAGUCUUGCUAUUGUCCAGUGGACUUAUCUAACUCUGCGAACGUAGCUCACUACAAAGCCAAGUCAUUACUUCUAUCAUGUAUUUGUGUCGUCUUCGUUUUGCUAAAAACAAUUCUAAAAUUGACUUCAGUUCCCUGUUCAUUUCAGUUUGAAAAUAUCUGCUUUGGCGGGGAAGACACUAGUGAAAAUAACGGAUAUGUCCAAGGGUCUCUGGAUAGUGGGCAACGAGAGGAAAAGAUUCCCCAAUGCCUGAAUGGGGGCUCCUGUCCGCAGUGUAAUGCUGGUCAGUCUUGCUAUUGUCCAGUAGCCUUAUCAGAGAAAGCUAACUCUGCUAGCGCAGUGACCUCAUCAGGGCAUACAAUGCAUUUCCAAGGGAAUAUCUUUUUUUCGUUAUUAUUUGCAAUGUCUUGUUGGAAAUGUUCUGGACUUGCCACGAAUGAGCCUGUUUCUGUCUUGAUCGUCGGGGCUGGUGCUGCCGGGCUACAAGCAGCGCAAACUCUGGUGGACAACGGUGUCGAGGAUUUCUUGAUCAUUGAAGCCGCUGAUUACAUUGGAGGUCGGGUGCGUGAUGUUGAGUUUGGCGGGAUACGUGUGGAAUUAGGGGCUCAUUGGGCCCAACCAGUAGGAGGUGCAGUGCAGGAGAAGGUCUGGGAACUUGGCAUGGAGACUCACCAAAGUGAUUGGUUCUCUAUUGUUGUUUACGACAGCACAGGUCACAUUGUUACAGGCGAAGCUCUUCCAGUAUUUGAUAAGGUAUUUGAUAGCAUCAAUGCUGCAUUCAAUAUUGCUGACGAACUUUGGGAAUUGAACGACCCAGAUAUGUCAUUGAGAGCUGGCCUGCGCUCAGUCGGUUGGCUUCCAAAAACUGACAUUGAAAACACCCUUGAAUGGUCUUAUUUGGAUUUUGAAAAUGGUGAAGACUCAGAGUUCGCAUCCCUGAAGAUUCACUCUUACAUAAGGGACGAAUACAAUAAGCGGGUACCAGAUGACCAAAAGGCUACACUGGUUAUUGAUCAACGUGGUUACAAGUAUUUAUUUAAGGCAACCAUGCCUUUCUUAAGUGACUAUGAGUUGAGAGCCAAGAUUUUACUUAACAGGAAAGUGACAACCAUUGAUCAAUCUUCUGGAAAUGAGGUUGUGGUUACUUGUGACAACGGCGAGGUGUUCCGCGCGUCACGUGUCCUGGUUACAGUCAGCUGUACAGUUUUACAAAACAAGGGGAUUGAAAUUAAACCAGAACUUCCUGGCUGGAAGAAAAGAACCAUAAAUCGAUUCAGAAUGGCAGAUUAUAGUAAAAUUUACAUUAAAUUUCCCAUAAAGUUCUGGGGAAACCGUGAAAUAAUAAUGCGUACCAGCAGCCAUAGAGGACGCUAUCCGUUAUUUACCAACCUUGAAGCUGAAGGUAUGUAUCCAGCCGGGUCUAACAUUCUGAUGGCGGAGCUAACAGGUGAUGAGGCCAGACGAGUUGAAGCGCUUUCAGAUGAAGAAAUUCAGGUCGAAGUGGUGACAGUCCUACGUCAGAUAUUUGGAUACUACAACGUUCCAGACCCUAUCGAUAUACUCGUGUCUCGUUGGUCGAUGAACCCGCUAACUCUAGGUGCUUUUUCAAUUUGGACACCCGAGAUGGAGGAAGAGUGUUUUGAAAAGAUGAUGUCCCGCGUCGGUAACAUCUUUUUUGGCGGGGAAUACACAAGUGAAGAUAACGGAUAUGUCCAAGGUGCUCUGGAUAGUGGGCAACGAGAGGGAAAGAAGAUCGCACAAUGCCUGAAUGGGGGCUCCUGUCCGCAGUGGAAUUCUGGUCAGUCUUGCUAUUGUCCAGUAGACGUAGCAGAGGAAUUUAACUCUGAAACCGUAGCUCACUACAAUGCCCAGUCAUUCCAUCAAUCAUACCUAUGGCUAGAACAAUUCUAUAGAACUAAUGCCUUUAAUUGUUAUAAGCAAGGGAGUGAUUAUUACUUGGUUAGUAAAUUACAGUGUAAGUUAAAGACAGGAUAUUCAAGUAUGGAAUGAGCUACACUUAAACAGGUUACUUUAGUCUUAAAUUUAGCUUAAUAAAGAGAGAAAUAGUAAGA